GGAGGAGGAAGAGGAGGAGGAGGAGGAAGAGGAGGAGGGUGAGCGCUCGGGUCGGGCUCCUUAGCGGUGUAUUGUGGGAUGUGCGGCUACUGGGAGCCGAGCCUCCGCCGCCAGCCGCCUCCCGGGCAGCAGCAGCAGCAGCAGCAGCGGCGGCGGCAGCAGCAGCUCCGGGCCCGGCAGCCGCGGCGGCGGCGGCGGCGCUCCCCCCUCCCGGCCCCCCGUCCGGCCGCCCCGGCUUCGGCUCCCGCGGGGGACACCAUGUACUGGCUGGCGGCGCAGGGAGGCCGGCGCCCGGCGGGGAUGUUGGGUUAACGGCAUGGAGAACAGUCACCCCCCCCACCACCACCACCAGCAGCCCCCGCCGCAGCCCGGCCCUUCGGGCGAGAGGAGGAACCACCAUUGGAGAAGUUACAAGUUGAUGAUUGACCCGGCUUUGAAAAAGGGGCAUCAUAAACUGUACCGCUACGAUGGGCAGCAUUUCAGCCUGGCGAUGUCCAGCAACCGCCCGGUGGAAAUUGUCGAAGAUCCCCGGGUCGUCGGGAUCUGGACCAAAAACAAGGAGCUGGAGCUGUCGGUGCCCAAAUUCAAGAUCGAUGAGUUCUAUGUGGGCCCGGUGCCUCCGAAGCAGGUGACAUUUGCCAAGCUGAAUGAUAACAUCCGUGAAAACUUCCUGAGGGACAUGUGCAAGAAGUAUGGGGAGGUGGAGGAGGUGGAGAUUUUGUACAACCCCAAGACCAAGAAGCACUUGGGCAUUGCCAAAGUGGUCUUUGCCACGGUCAGGGGAGCCAAGGAGGCGGUUCAGCACUUGCAUAGCACUUCGGUCAUGGGCAAUAUCAUCCACGUGGAGCUGGACACCAAAGGGGAAACCCGCAUGCGGUUCUACGAACUGUUGGUCACGGGCCGAUACACACCCCAAACCCUCCCGGUGGGCGAACUGGACGCUGUCUCUCCAGUCGUGAAUGAGACCCUGCAGCUAUCAGAUGCCCUGAAGCGCCUCAAAGAUGGUGGCCUGUCUGCAGGCUGUGGCUCUGGCUCGUCCUCUGUCACCCCCAAUAGUGGUGGGACACCCUUCUCCCAGGACACUGCUUAUUCCAGCUGCCGCUUGGACACGCCCAACUCCUACGGACAGGGCACACCGCUCACGCCACGCCUGGGAACCCCCUUCUCGCAGGACUCCAGCUACUCCAGCCGCCAGCCCACGCCCUCCUACCUCUUCAGCCAGGACCCCACAGCGACCUUCAAGGCUCGGCGCCACGAAAGCAAGUUCACGGAUGCCUACAACCGCCGCCACGAGCAUCAUUAUGUCCACAACUCUUCCGCGGUCACUGCAGUGCCAGGGGCCACAGCCGCCUUCAGGGGCUCGGUGGACCUCCCAUUCGGGGCAGUCAGCAGCAGUGGAGGCAGCAGUGGCGCCCCAUUCAAGGCCCAACCACAGGAUUCAGCCACGUUUGCCCACACUCCACCUCCUGCCCAAGCAACCCCCGCUCCUGGAGUCACAUUCAAGUCGGCUUUCUCUCCAUAUCAGACUCCCGUGCCCCCAUUCCCCCCACCCCCCGAGGAGCCCGCCGCCACAGCCCCCUUUGGGGCCCGUGACAGCGGGGAGUUCCGGAGAGCACCUGCGCCCCCACCCCUGCCGCCCACGGAGCCCCUGACAAAGGAGAAGCCAGGCACGCCCCCUGGACCCCCGCCCCCUGACGCCAACAGCAUGGAGCUGGGCGGCCGGCCCACCUUCGGCUGGAGUCCGGAGCCCUGCGACAGUCCUGGCACACCCACGCUGGAGUCGUCGCCCGCAGGGCCGGAGAAGCCCCACGACAGCCUGGACUCCCGGAUUGAGAUGCUGUUGAAGGAGCAGCGCACCAAGCUGCCCUUCCUUCGAGAGCAGGACUCAGACACGGAGCUGCAGAUGGAGGGCAGCCCUAUCUCCUCCUCCUCCUCCCAGCUCUCCCCACUGGCUCCCUUUGGCGCUAACUCUCAGCCUGGCUUCCGAGGCCCCACACCACCCUCCUCACGCCCCUCCAGCACCGGCCUAGAGGAUAUCAGUCCCACACCACUGCCCGACUCGGAUGAUGACGAUGAGCUUGACCUGGGCCUGGGGCCCCGGCCCCCACCCGAGCCGGGCCCCCCAGACCCUACCAGUCUUCUGGGUCAGACAACUGAGGUGGCCUUGGACCUGGCUGGAGACAGGACUCCAACCUCAGAGAAGAUGGAUGAGGGGCAGCAGUCCUCAGGGGAGGACAUGGAGAUCUCAGAUGAUGAGAUGCCCUCGGCCCCCAUCACCAGUGCUGACUGCCCCAAGCCCAUGGUGGUGACCCCAGGGGCAGGGGCUGUGGCAGCUCCCUCUGUGCUGGCCCCGACCCUGCCGCUGCCCCCACCCCCUGGCUUCCCACCACUGCCCCCUCCUCCCCCACCUCCCCCGCCACAACCCGGCUUCCCCAUGCCCCCACCUCUGCCCCCACCGCCGCCCCCGCCGCCCCCGGCCCACCCAGCUGUGACAGUGCCCCCACCACCCCUGCCAGCACCACCACCUGGGGUCCCACCCCCGCCCAUCCUGCCGCCUCUGCCACCCUUCCCACCGGGGCUGUUUCCCGUGAUGCAGGUGGACAUGAGCCACGUGCUGGGCGGCCAGUGGGGCGGCAUGCCCAUGUCCUUCCAGAUGCAAACGCAGAUGCUGAGCCGUCUGAUGACGGGCCAGGGCGCUUGCCCCUACCCACCCUUCAUGGCUGCUGCAGCUGCGGCCGCCUCUGCCGGGCUGCAGUUUGUCAACCUGCCGCCCUACCGGGGCCCCUUCUCUCUGAGCAACGCUGGCCCCAGCCGCGGGCAGCCCUGGCCACCCCUGCCCAAGUUUGACCCAUCCGUGCCACCACCAGGCUAUGUGCCACGCCAGGAGGACCCGCACAAGGCCACUGUGGACGGCGUCCUGCUGGUGGUGCUCAAAGAGCUCAAGGCCAUCAUGAAGCGGGACCUGAACCGCAAGAUGGUGGAAGUGGUGGCCUUCCGGGCCUUCGAUGAGUGGUGGGACAAGAAGGAGCGGAUGGCCAAGGCCUCGCUGACCCCGGUGAAGUCGGGCGAGCACAAGGACGAGGACAGGCCGAAGCCCAAGGACCGCAUCGCCUCCUGCCUGCUGGAGUCGUGGGGCAAGGGCGAGGGCCUGGGCUACGAGGGCCUGGGCCUGGGCAUUGGUCUGCGCGGGGCCAUCCGCCUGCCCUCCUUCAAGGUCAAGAGGAAGGAGCCGCCGGACACAGCCUCAUCCGGCGACCAGAAGCGGUUGCGACCCUCGACCUCCGUGGAUGAGGAGGAUGAAGAGUCCGAGCGGGAGCGGGACCGGGACAUGGCGGACGCCCCCUGUGAGCUCGCCAAGCGGGACCCCAAAGGAGUGGGCGUGCGUCGGCGGCCAGCCCGGCCCCUGGAGCUGGACAGUGGCGGGGAGGAGGACGAAAAGGAGUCACUGUCGGUGUCCUCAUCCUCGUCGGCGUCCUCGUCCUCGGGGUCCUCGACAACCUCACCCUCAUCCUCAGCCUCCGACAAGGAGGAGCGAGAAAGCACAGAGGAGGAGGCGGAGGAGGAGGAGGAAGAGGAGGAAGGCCCCAGGAGCCAGAUCUCCUCCUCCUCGACCUCCUCCAUGUCAGAUAAGGACGACAAUGACGGAGACAGCGAUGACCGGGAUGAGUCUGGGAAUGACGACGAGGACACGGCCCUGUCGGAGGCGAGUGAGAAGGAGGAAGGGGACUCGGAUGGAGAGGAGACGGUGAGCAUCGCCUCCUCCAAGGCUGGAGCGGAGUCCUCCAGUGAGAGUUCUGAGUCUUCUGACUUCGAAUCAAGCUCCGAGUCCUCAUCGUCAUCCUCAGAAGAUGAAGACGAGCUGGCAGCGGGGGAGGAGGAGGAAGAGGAGGAGGAAGAGGAGGAGGAGGAGGAGGAGGCAGCUGCAGAUGAAAGCAUGGCUCCCGCUCCUCCUGACGAGGACUUUGAGGGUGUAGCCACAGGAGCACCCGCAAUGGAGUCACUGGUCCCGGAAGCGGAGGUGGACAUCGAGGCUGAGGAUGAAGCCCCCGAGAAGCGGACCCCAAUGCUGGACGAGCCCCCCUUGCCUGUGGGCGUCGAGGAGCUGGCUGGCUGCAAGGAGCCCCCUGAGAAGCCAGGCCUGAACCAGGAAGGGACCAGGUUGCUGUCUCCAGAGCCCCCCACAGGAGAGAUGGAGGCCCGGCCCCCGCCAUCCCCGGAGCCCACUCCAGAGGACAACCUGGAACCGGAGUCUGAGCCCCCGGCGCUGCUGUCCUUACCCCUGCAGCCACCAUUGCCGCCCCCUCGACCGCCCCGGCCACCCAGCCCGCCACCAGAGCCCGAGACCCCAGAUCUCCCACUCCCACCCGUCCCUCUGGAGCCUCCCCGUGAGGACCAGCCCCCGCGCACUCCGGGCCUCUGCGGUAGCCUGGCCAAGUCACAGAGCGCCGAGGCGGUGCCGGCCACGCCGAGUGGGGAGCCCCUGCCAUCAGGGGGCAGCAGCGGCCUGCCCCUGAGCUCCCCGCAGCUGCCAGGCAGCCCCUUCUCCUACCCAUCCCCGUCCCCGGGCUUGAGCAGCGGGGGCCUCCCGAGGACACCUGGCCGGGACUUCAGCUUCACACCCACCUUCCCUGAGCCCGGCGGGCCCCUGCUCCUGCCCGUCUGUCCCCUCCCAGCUGGCCGGCGCGAUGAUCGGUCCGGCCCCCUGGCCUCCCCGGUGCUGCUGGAGACAGGCCUGCCGCUCCCUCUGCCCUUGCCCUUGCCCCUGCCCUUGGCACUGCCUGUACCUGUCCUGCGGGCCCAGACGCGGGCCCCCACCCAGUUGCCACCCCUGCUGCCUGCCCCGCUUGCCCCCUGCCCACCCCCCAUCAAGAGGAAGCCGGGCCGGCCCCGGCGAUCCCCUCCGGCUGUGCUCUCCUUGGAUGGGCCCUUGGUCCGGCCGCCAGGAGGGGCCGCCCUGGGCAGGGACCUCCUGCUUCUGCCAGGCCAGCCACAGACCCCUGUCUUCCCCAGUACCCAUGACCCCCGGACCGUGACCCUGGACUUCCGGAACGCGGGGAUCCCAGCGCCCCCACCACCCUUGCCCCCGCAGCCUCCUCCGCCCCCACCUCCACCACCUGUUGAGCCCACCAAGCUGCCCUUUAAGGAGCUAGAGAACCAGUGGCCCUCUGAGGCCAUCCCUCCGGGUCCCCGUGGGCGUGACGAGGUCACCGAGGAGUUCAUGGACCUGGCCAAGGUGCGGGGGCCCUGGCGCCGGCCACUGAAGAAGCGCCACGAGGACCUAGUGGCCUCAGCCUCGCCCGAGCUCUCGCCCCCACAACCCCUCUUCCGGCCCCGCUCGGAGUUUGAGGAGAUGACCAUCCUGUAUGACAUCUGGAAUGGCGGCAUCGACGAGGAGGACAUCCGCUUCCUAUGUGUCACCUACGAGCGCCUGCUGCAGCAGGACAAUGGCAUGGACUGGCUCAAUGACACGCUCUGGGUCUACCAUCCCUCCACCAGCCUCUCUUCAGCUAAGAAGAAGAAACGGGACGACGGCAUCCGGGAGCACGUGACGGGCUGUGCCCGCAGUGAGGGCUUCUACACCAUCGACAAGAAGGACAAGCUCAGAUACCUCAACAGCAGCCGCGCCAGCACCGACGAGCCCCCUGCGGACACCCAGGGCAUGAGCAUCCCAGCGCAGCCUCACGCCUCCACGCGGGCCGGUUCGGAGCGGCGUUCUGAGCAGCGCCGCCUGUUGUCCUCCUUCACUGGCAGCUGUGACAGUGACCUGCUCAAGUUCAACCAGCUCAAGUUCCGGAAGAAAAAGCUCAAAUUCUGUAAGAGUCACAUACAUGACUGGGGCCUGUUCGCCAUGGAGCCCAUUGCGGCCGACGAGAUGGUCAUUGAGUAUGUGGGCCAGAACAUCCGCCAGGUGAUCGCGGACAUGCGGGAGAAACGUUACGAGGACGAGGGCAUCGGUAGCAGCUACAUGUUCCGGGUGGACCACGACACCAUCAUCGAUGCCACCAAGUGUGGCAACUUUGCGCGUUUCAUCAACCACAGCUGCAACCCCAACUGCUACGCUAAGGUGAUCACCGUGGAGUCUCAGAAGAAGAUCGUCAUCUACUCGAAGCAGCACAUCAGCGUCAAUGAGGAGAUCACCUACGACUACAAGUUCCCCAUCGAGGACGUCAAGAUCCCCUGCCUCUGCGGCUCUGAGAACUGCCGGGGGACCCUCAACUAGGCCCGGCGCCCAGGAGGUCAGCCGCCCCGGCUCCCCAGCGUGGACCCCCGGCCCCAGGGCUGGGCCCCCCCUCCCACCCCCAUUUCAGGUGCUGUCCCUCUACCCAGCGGCCGUGCCAGGGCCUGGCGCCCCCAACACUACCCCCAGGACCCACCGCAGCUCCGGCCCCUCAGUGGGAAAGGGCUUCUCUGUGUCUCAGCCUGUCUCUUACGUUUUUUUUUUUAAAUGCUCCUUUCAGGACUUUGGUUUAACUCCAGUGUAAAUGUCUCCCCCCUCACCGGCCCUCCCUCCUACUCCACCUCUUUCUCUCUGUGUUUUCUGACCCCUUCUCCCUGUCAGCCUCUUCCCACGAAUGCUGCUAUGUUGUUUCGUCUUCUCUUUCUUUACUUCCUCUACUUAAGAAAAGACAUUCUAACCGUUGAAAUGUGAAGGCAGAAUCAGAGAGCGGGGACCCCCGACAGGGGCUGCAGAGGCCUCGGUUUGAUGGUGUGUCGGCCCACGUUCUGGAACCCUCCGGGCCCGGGCGCCGGGCCAGGUGCUGCAGAGGAGGGGGUCGGGCCAGGCGGCUUUGACCUCAGAACACUACGGAAGGCCCCCUCUCUGCCGGCGGACUCAGUGAGGAGACGACCCCCCUUUCCCCACCCCCGUCAAGUCUGUUCCUUCCCCAGCAGCCUGGGGGUGUCUGCUCCCCCCACACCCCCCGCAGACCCUGGUGGAGCCGAGCUGGUCCCAGGCAGGAAUUUCCCCUCAGGGCCCUCCCUGCCACCCCACACCCCGCCACCCCCAAAAUCUUGGGUUCAAUGUUUACUUUCUCAUUCGAAUGCCAGCAAGAGGGAGCCUCCAGGAGGCCCCAGUGCGGGCGGGGGGCGGCGCGGAAAGGGUUGUGUUUACUCUCCCCUGCCCUCACCUUCACCCCGGGGGAGAGAAGCACCUCCCAGGGCAGGCGGGUCCCCCAGUCCCGCCACUACGGGUGUCUGACCGAAUGCGUGUGGCAUUUUUUGGUAUUUGUUUGCUUAUAAGCUUCACCCGCUCGCCCCCAGCCCAUAGCCUGGCUCACCCUGCCAGCAAGCCCCUCACCCCGCGUAGUCAAGAGCAUAUUUAUUUUCAGAGUGAGAAGAUUUAUUUCUCCCAGAGAAAGGAAAAUCUUGGAAAAGAUUUAAAAACUCAGAUCUAAGUCCAGCAGGUUUUUGGUGGUGUUGUUUCUUUUAACCCUUUGCAUCAUCCUCUUCAGAGUUCCUUUCCAUGGAUUUUUUUUUUCUUGUGCGUGUAUAAAAUCAAAACGAAGGGAAAAAAAAAUAGGUUUUUGAAGUUCAGAACCAAUUUGUGUACAUAGGCUGCCAUAAAGGACUUUUUCUCGGGAACAUUGUUUCUUGUAGAAACAUGUGGGAAGACUUUUUUGCUUAUUUCUUUGUACUUCCAAAAAACCACACACACACACACACACACACACACAAACACACACACACACACACACACACACACACACACGCAAGUCCCCCGCACCCCAGAAAGCAAAGCAGGCAUGUAAAUAAUUUAUGGAAAGUGACUGUUGUGACCAGGAGUCAAUCUCACCAAGACGGGAGAGCUCCUGGUGGGGCCGCCCCCACCCUGCGGAUGCAGGCCCGGAGCCUCUGGUAUCUCAGCUUGUGUCAAGCUUGUUAUCAUGUAAAUUCUGUACAAAGAAUUGUUAUUUUUCUCUUUUUUUGUCGUUGGUGGUUUUGUUGUGUUUUUCUUUUCUUUCUUUCUUUAAUUUCUUCACCCCAUGCCCUCUCUGAGACUAUGCCCACCGGUUUCAAGGUUGAUGAAAUCGGCGGCAUUAAGACACGGAGAGGGACCUGGGCACAGUGGCAACCUUCUCUUCCUUUUGCGGUUUUCUGCCUCAUUGUGCAACCAAGGAAAUAUUUAUUUUUCACAUGAGGAAAUGUGUAGUUUGUAGAGACGGCUGAUUUAAGUUACUUCUGCAGCCCCCAAGGGGCUGUCUUCAGUCUGUCUCCUCCUCCCGUAAAAGAAGUGGAGGGGGGAAUGUGAGGAAACCAGGGUGCGGGGUCCCGCCGCACCCCUCACCCUGCCCUCACCUUGCCCAACCAGCCUUCCUUAAGGGCGGGCGAAGGCCUGGGCCCUCCCUGUCCCCAGGAACCCCUGUCCCACCCCUGAAAUGGCUUGCAAUAGCCAAAAAAGUGUCAACUCAUUUUUCUUUCAAUGCCUUCAUUUUCAUUGAAAACACCUUUGCUUUUGAAGAGUUGGGGGUUUCUGCUUUUUCUUUUUCUUGCUCCCCCCCCCCACCCCGCCUCCCUCCUCCAGCAAAGAAGAGAACCCAUAAGUUUUAGGGAUGUUUGUGCAUAUAGACUCUCAUCGUAUGUAACUUGUUUUGAAGAGAAGUGUUUCCGUUGUGGGUGUGUCUUGCUGUAAAUAUUUGUUCAUAUUUUUGUGAAUUCAAUACUAUGUACCAUUGUAUUAUAGUAACUUUUAUAAAGCAAACCAUAAAUAUACUGA